AUGCCCGGCGACGAGGGCACGCCCUUACCACCUCCCCUCUCUGCUCGUGCGCUUAACUCUGCGCAAUUAAAGCAUAACAUCCGCGCGAGCCUAAAGGUUCGCUCCUACGCGGCCGAGGCCGCGAAAGACUGCACUACGGAGCAGGCGGCCGUAUUUAAUACGGAUAAGGCGAAGGUCUCUGCCCUAGACACCGAGAACAAGUUUCUAGGCGGACGUAACUACAAGACGGAUGUCUUUAUCCGUGGCCGGAAGCAUGUCGAGAAGCUGCUCGAAGAGCACGAAGAACUCGCGACUAUAGACGAGCUGGCUUCGGCCAAAUUCUUCGCCGAGAACUUCUCGGCUAAGGCCUUCUUCUCGGUCUUCUGCCGCUACAUGUAUAGCGAGAUUUGCUCGGAGAUCUUAGACUCUAUUAAGGCUAAUAAAGCCUACAAGGCCAUUAAGCCGAAUAAGAAGAUGGACAAGAACGCCCGCGACGAGCUGAUCGCCGCAUACGACGGCAUUCCCGUGAACGAGGCUUAG